GGGCACCUAAAAAUUUUUAAUUUUAAGUUGAGAGAAAAUUUCUAUAUGUUGAUGGGGUGUGGGAUAAUCCGGUACUUAUAUGCCCCGUGCUAUGAUUGGAUCAGGGGCCCCGCCGCCACCAUGUCCGGCCCUUUCGAGCUCUCGGUGCAAGAUCUCAACGACCUGCUCUCAGACGGCAGCGGCUGCUACAGCCUCCCGAGCCAGCCCUGCAACGAGGUCAUCCCAAGGGUCUACGUGGGCAACGCGUCUGUGGCUCAGGACAUCUCCCAGCUGCAAAAAUUAGGCAUCACCCACGUCCUGAAUGCUGCCGAGGGCAGGUCCUUCAUGCACGUCAACACCAAUGCCAACUUUUACAAGGAUUCCGGCAUCAUCUACUUGGGCAUCAAGGCCAAUGAUACGCAGGAGUUCAACCUCAGCGCCUACUUUGAAAAGGCCGCAGACUUCAUCGACCAGGCCUUGGCUUACAGCAAUGGCCGGGUGCUUGUCCACUGCCGUGAGGGGUACAGCCGCUCCCCAACACUAGUCAUUGCCUACCUCAUGAUGCGGCAGAAGAUGGACGUCAAGUCUGCUUUGAGCAUCGUGAGGCAGAAUCGUGAGAUCGGCCCCAAUGACGGUUUCCUGGCCCAACUCUGCCAGCUCAAUGACAGACUAGCCAAGGAAGGCAAGGUGAAACUCUAGGGUGCCCACCGCCUCUCCUGCAGAGGUCUGAUUGGGAGACCCUGGCUGCCAUGCUUAGGAAACACAGUGUACCCUGCUCCCUGUGUCACAAGGCAUUUGCCCAUAUGUCUGUCCCAUUGCGGCCCUGGGUCACUCCACCCUUAGGGAGCUUAUGAAGAUGAAGAAGCUUGCUGAGGAGGCCUCUCUUGCUCCUUGGCUCUCCUUCCCUGUAGUUUAUGUCCUUUCCCUGAGGUGGGGGCUCAGGGAGGAAGCCUGUGGCAUAGAUACAUCUCAGUGACCCAGGGCAGGAGGCCUGUGAGGGUGCAAGGGCCUGAGCCACUCACAGGCUCUCCUCUGACCCCCUCCCCCACCUGGGUUCCCCCGAGUGGCCUAGCACAGUGACCCCGGUACAGGAUCUGUGCACACACAGGUUCUGCUCUCCCCGCAUCUGUCACUGGUCCUCAUAACCCGCCACACCCUCUUAGAGGUAUGACAAGAGUUCUGAAGCAGCCUAGAGAUGGGUUAUUAGUGGCUGAAGUUCCCCAAAGAGGCUGCGUUUCAAUUAUUUCCUUAGAAUUAAAGACGCUAUACAGGGGCCCUUGGGUUGACAAAUCCGUUUUUCCUAGAGGGCUUUCCCAACUCUUUGGAAUGUUUAAAGUGUGCCUCUUUGGGGAUCUUCUGUUCCAUACCUGCUGCUUCAAUGCCUUCCCUGUGAACGGCUCUACUCCUUUGCCUGUUAGAACAGCAAUGCCUUGGGCAGGGUUUUACUUCUAUUUUUUUUAAGAGUACAGGGUAUUGAGGUCCAGCCUAUUAAGAACAAACAAACAAACAACAACAAAAAAACCCAACCCACCAUUUGGAGAAUUGCAAUGGUUUUAUCCUGAAUUAUAGUGUGGGUGAGCCCAAGCCAUCAUAUUAACUGCUUACCAUCCUGGUUGCUAUUCUAAGAAUAGAGAAGGAAGAUGGCCAAUUACAGCUCAUGCUCGUGGGUGUGUGCACGGGUGUCAAGUGGGGAGGGGCUGUCCCCUCGGGGACGGGAGAGAAAUGAAGGGUCCCUGUGCUCACCCUGCCCAUUUACGGGUGGUUCUGAUGGUUCCAUGGUGUCUCUGUGCAGGAGCCCUGGAGUGACUCGCUGGGCUUAGAAAUGACACUUGAUGUACUAUCCCAAUUGACCUCUCCUUUAUUGGAGAGAGAGCAAACAAAGAAAUGACCUUUUAAAGGACUUUGUAAAGAUGGUUUGGAAAUGUGCUGGGCCUCGUGUGUGUACACAUCUGCCAGAGACUGGACAUAGUCUUCUUGGGACUUUAUGUUCUUGUUAUUCAGGGUGUAUCCAGGGUCACACAGAGCAGAGUGGUGGCACUGGGCCAUCACCCCAGCACCUAGCACAUAGGCAUCUCAUAAGAACCUGUUUUUAUGAGAACUGGAGCUGCUUGAGUGCCCAGUGUAUACAGAGUGUUGCUGUAGGGCACCUGGAUCCCAGCAGCCUGCAUGUAAGAUGACUUGCCGGAGUCUGCAAAGAAAUCUUACUUGGAGAGAAAGAAAUAUCAGGGAACUUCUAUUGAAUGUUUCAAGUUCAGCUUUAAGUGGAGAACUCAGCAAUGUUGACAGCGAGGGUGAGGAAUGCGCCUUUUCCAGAGCUGCUGAGCACCUGGCAAGAGCCUGGAGAAGCAGGUGCAUCUCAGGGCCUCACUCCCGGGGUUAAGGCCUCUGAUCACAGCGGGGGCAGAGCUGUGCAGCCUGGAUGGUCAUUGUCCCCUACUCUGUGCGACCACAGCACCCCUGGACACGUGCGACUGUCAUCUUUUUUCUUCCAGAAUGAAACGGCCAUAGCCAAACUGUCCCUCGCUCCGUAAUUUUCAAGUGGCUCUCUUGCUUCUUCUGAUUUGCAUUUCAUAAUAACCCCGUAAAGUUGGCAGAGCUUACCUGUGUGUUGUUAUGAAAGAAAACAAACAAAAGCAAAAAACCAUCUGGGAUAGCAGGGCAUGGUAGCCCAUGUCUACAGUCCCAUUUCAUGGGAGGCAGAGGUUGCAGGGUCACUGCAAGUUCAAAGCCAGUGUGGUCUCCACGUUGAGACUACAAUAGCAAGAUCCUGUUUUUAAAAACCAAAAAAUUCAGGAUAAUUAAGGGUCACCCAGGUCUCUAAAGCUAAGUGGAAGUAGUUUGAGCCCUGCUGCUUAAGGAAGCUGGGCUGUUCUUGCCUUUAAUGCCUCGGAGACCAGCUCCCAGCGAUGUCCAAGCGCCCUGCACGUCUUUGAGUCAUCCCCAGAGAAAGAAGAAGGUGGAUCCCCAAUAAGUUAGGACAUAGCUGGUCUUGGUCCAGGUGACACAUGGUGACAUGUGACGAUGAACUCUGCUCCUGGAAGAGAUUGUGUUCCCCUCCUCCUGCCUCAUUGGGCGAGGACCCCACAGGACAGCCCCUGCCUUUACUCACUAGACCCUCCUGGAGGCCUUUGUGGGAAAAUGAGGAAAAGGGGCCUUUGGAAGAUUCCUGCCUUUCCUUUGGGGCUAUUUGCUGAAAGUUUGGGGUCUCUCGAUUGGCUUUACCCCAUGUUUGGAAGACUAGCUCCUAUUCAGUUUGCAUAGCCGUGUGUUGUGGAAGGGCUGCCACAUGCACGCCCGCAAGUCAGGGCCAUUCCUGGAUGGUGUUCUGUCCCUGGAAAGUGAUGGAAUAAGGAACUCAGGAUGUCCCUCCUUCUUCCCCAGACCUGAUCACUUUCUUCGACUCAUAAAAAUCCAGUUAAAAUUAAAAUGUAAAAUGGUUUCUUUCCUUCUCAACCUUCAGCAGGCUGACUGCCUUUCCAGAGGCAGGCUGCUUCCCCCGCCAUGCUGUUAUCUCGAGAGCACAGGCCAAAACUUACCAAAUGAGGGAACUCUUUUGGCCCACACUAAGGCUCUUUAGGGCUCCAACACGGGAGGUUAAGAAUCCCCCCAGUUGGCCUUUUGCCUGCUCGCGCACGCGUGUGCGCGCACACACACACACACCCCUGGGAAAUGGGCAUGAGUAAUAAUGUUGUGACCAGCAGGCGGCGCGGUUGAGAAGGCUGGUUCAGCCUUUCCAGCCACAAGUUCACACAAAGACGCUCGUAGUAUUAAGAUGCUCAAUGCUUUAAUCAAAAUAAGCACUGAUCUUAAAUGCAAAGAUAAGAGCUUUCCUCAUGGAACAUUUUCUUUUUCAUUAAAGUGGCAUCAGGCGGUCCUUCCAGAUCAAGAUUCUAAUCUGAUCUUAGAGGGAGUCUCAGGGUAGAGAAGACUGAUGAAAGUUUGUGUUGCUCUUACCUCUUCCAACUGUUAGGGUAACUUGUAAAGGAGUGACUUAUUGGACAGGAAAUGUUCAGGGGAAGGGGAUGGUGGGAUGGCGCAGAGAACUGUCACCUACCUAACAUGGGCAAGGCCCUGCCUGGGUUCCAUUCCUGCCAUUGGGGGGAAAAGGAAAAUUUAAUGUCUAUUGCAUCACCAGUGUUAACACACUAUAAAACUGUAACCAAAAUAAAUGUCUUACCUUAACAAGGAA